UGUAGUGCAUCCCCAUCCGGUUAUGGUUAUCGGAACGACAGGUGAAAAUAAAAUGUCGGUGGAAUAGCUUCAAAAAGUUUAUUCACUUGUUCGAAAGCACCAUCUUUGUCCAUGAAACCCGGUGCAAUACAGGCAGCAUAAGAGAAAGAUAUCAACAGGAGUUCUCUUAGUUAUUUGUAUCUAGUAUGUCUUAGUCUUCCUCUUCGAGUAUUGAUGGCACAAUUGUUCAUCGCGUUGCGAAAUGAACGUGGCCACAAAAACUUAUAGCAUGAACAAAAGAUGAGCGCAGGCACAGAGUCCUCGAGCCAUGGAGGCAAGGAAAGCGUUGUUCUUGACGACGACUAUUCUGCUUCCGAUGACGACUUGGCUUUUGGAGAGGAGCUCGACGGUUUUGUUUAUGACAUAUCUGAUGGAGAGGGCGUCGCAGGUGCGACGACUGGUAUUGCUGGCUCUGCUGCAUCAACGAGGGCUGAGGCCGCUUCAAGUACUGGAACCUCUACCGAGCAGCCAGUAGUUGGCUCUGCCUUGUUGCCAACGCGCAACACACGACGCGAAAGCUUUUUGCUGGGUGGCCAAAACCACGACAGGAAGAUAUCAUCCUCAUCCAGGCCGAAUCUUCCGUCAAGCAGCAAGCCAGCAGAAGGCAGCGACGAGCGGGAGCCCGGAUCUAGAAACGAGUCAAGCCCUGACCAGUCCUCUGCCAACAUCAUUGCGGAUGGCGAAGACGAUGUAGAUGAGCUAUUCUUCCGAGGCCUGGACGAAGAGGAAAUAGAUGAAGCUCAAGACGAAGAUGACCUCGAGGACGACGCAAAUUCGGUUGCUGACAGUGCGUCCCAGACCACAACUGCAACCCGGCGGUUCCGAUCGGUCGGGCCGCACGCGUGCGACGUGUGCGGGAAGAUUUUCAAGAAGCCGAGUCACGUCCUGUUGCACAAGAAAAAAGUCCAUGACGCGCGCGAGGCACGAACGACCUGCGACAUUUGCGGAAAGAGAUUUUCCAAGCCGUGGAAGUUGAAACAGCACAAGCAGCAAGUGCACCCGGAAAAAGAUGCGGAUGGGAACCCGGUUGGCGAUGCAGUGGCAAAUCUGAAGCAAUUUGUCUGUCCGGUGCCGAAUUGCGGGAAAGCGUACCGCAGGAAAGACCACCUCGCAAGACAUGUUCGUGGAGCGCAUGGAGGGAACCACAGAGGGAGCAGCAGUGCCGGUGGUGCUGUCGGUCGACAGGCGGCGCUCAAGGUGGCGGAGGGUGACGUCGCGGAUGGAGAGAGGAAGCAGCACGGCGCUGUGUUGCGUGAAAAUACUGUCGCAGAAAUUCUUGAUGUUCAAGGGCAAAACGAGGAGCUGCGAAACGGAAUAAAUGAGCGAGGUGGUUCCAGCUCCAGCAGCAAGGCACCUGUUCAAGCUGCAGCAGCACCGAAAGUUGGUUUCUUUUUGCCGCCUGAUCAACAUGGUGAUGCUGAGGACGAUAUUAAGCAGCGUCAAGACUUUGACGACGAACUCGACGAAACGCAAAGCAAUCUGUCCGACCUCGGUUUCCAGCUUGCGUGGAACUACGUGUGUCCUACCUGCGACAAAAAGUUUCCCUCGAACCAAAAACUGAAGAAGCACAUGAAAUCCCACAACCGGCUGACGUGCGAAAAAUGCGGCGCCAAGUUCAAAAAGCAGGGCAAAUACGACACCCACAUCCAGCUGUGCAAGGGCGAAAAGGUGGAGUUUAGCUCGGGGAAGAAGAUUCUUCCCGAAAACCGCCACCUCUACACAGAGAGCGGGUUGCUGAAAAACAAAAAGCGCAGGAAAGAUUUGAAAGGGCAGCUGGCGGCAAGUGUAGUUUCAUCUGGUGGUGCUGGACAGCAACUGGAAGAUGGGGAAGAUGAAGACGAUGCUAUAGCUGUGCCCGCUGCCCCCGUUUCUGGUGUCGCGCCGCCGAAGUCGUGGCCCCAAACCCAAAAUGAAAACAAGAAAGGGCCCGCUGGUACUGAUGGUGUGGACAACGGCGACGAUGCUUUUCACGGAGAGGAAGAAGACGAUGCUCUGAUCUGUGAAGAAAUCGUCGACGACAUGGGACGAGGACAAGAACGCGGCGACCGACAAAGCAUAUCUUCAAAAACCGCAAGGAACAAUUCGACCUCCCCAUCUUCAGCAUCCGUCCCCGAGCUGCUUUCCGGGGUCCGCUGCCCCCGCUACCCGGAGUGCGACUACAUCAUCACGUCACUGCGUGACCAGACGCUGCACGCAAAGUGGCACCUGCGCAAGGACGCCCAGAAAUUCUUCAAGUGCGACUACUGCGACUUUGAAUCCCUCCACUGGAGCGAGGUGGUCCAGCACAAGAAGCUGAGUCACGUCAAGUGCUACGUCUGCGAGGUCUGCGAAAAGUCCUACAAGAGCGGCCACAGUUUAAAGGAGCACAUGGCUACGAAGCACCCGAAUUUCGCUAAACUUGCCAAGCACACUGGAAAGGACGGCGAGAUUUUGCGGAAAAGUGAAGAAAGUGCAGCCGCUAAGGGCAAGGAAAGUUCAGAUACCGAUGGAAAGCAAAAUGGUGGAGUCUCUGAUGCACUAAGAGAUGCAUCAUCAUCUUCUGCGCCGCCGAAUAAAGAGCGACAAAGCGACGACAACAUGGAAAGCUCCGCGGAUGUCACAUCGUAUUUGUGCAAGGACUGUGGCAAGGAGUAUCUGACGAAGGGCGCCUUGCGACAGCACCGAAACGCGAAACACAACGACAAAAACGUCUACAAGUGCAAGAUCUGCGACCGCGUUUUCUGCCACAAAGCAACACUGAGCAAGCACCUGCAGACGCAUGUUGAGACUGCUAGUACGUCACUGCAGCCCCAGGAAGACGGGAACUCGACUGAUGCGACAAAUCUGAAGCUGCCGGAUAGAAGCGGUGUUGUACAACAGGGAAGCAAAGAGCAGGCCUUUGAAGAGACGACGACGACGACGACUCCAAAUGUCGUAAGCAGAGCGGUUUCACUAGGAAAAAAAGCGUCCUCCUCUACCGCGACUACAAGAGUGCACAAGACUGAAGCGACACCUUUUUCCGAAACUGGAAAUAUUGAAGCCGAAGACAACGACUUUGAUGGAGGACAAAAUAAAAACAGCUGCGAAGUAGACCACGACUCGGAGAGGCCUGGCACAGCUGAUACAGACCUAGACCUAUUCGAGGCGCCACUACUGAAAAGAAGGAAACCCGGCCCGAAAACAAGCCGCUUUCGGGGCACGCAGCUUGCAGAUGGUGGAGAACAGAAUAGCUUGCAGUUGCAAGACCAGGGUAGGGACCUGUUCGCAGAUGCGUCCGGAAUCAGUUGGUGAGUGUUCCACAUCCACGGUAUUUUCCGAAUGAACUUGAAAGCGCAGUUUCGCAUUCUAUUUUCGUCGAAGUCUUCCAAUCACAUGUAAAAUACAUGCAGCGUCGAUUACGAUAUUAACGAUGAAGGCUUCGUCUGAAGAUGAAAAAAGAGUAGUUUCAGCGACAUAACGAGACCCAAAAGAACCACGAUACUGCAAGA